AUGGCCCAUCUUAGAGCCUUGGAUGGCGCACAAUUCGACUAUGUCGUCGUCGGAGGGGGCACUUCCGGUUGUCUUGUCGCUGCAAGGCUGGCCUUGGAGCUUCCGGAUCAGCGCAUCUUGCUGGUCGAGGCAGGCCCCGAUGAUUCAGCCGAUUCAGACAACCUCGUGCCAGGACUGACGAAGGGGAAGUUUGGGAGCAAGGACGGGAAUUGGCUUUACCAGACGGCUCCACAGCAAGAGUUGAGGGGUCGAGAAAUUGUGUAUCCUCGAGGACGAGGUUUGGGUGGGAGUUCAGCCAACAACUUCAUGGCAUGGGUGAAAGGACCAUCUGCUGACUAUGAUGAUUGGGCUGACCUGGUCGAUGACCCUUGGUGGCGCUGGGACAACGUCAAGCAGAUCCUUAACAAGCUGGAGGACUUUCGACCUGGCUGCCCAGCAGGAAUGGAGAAGUAUGCGAAGGCAACACCUGGUGCUCAUGGGAAGAAUGGGCCCAUUGCUGUUCAGUUCCCUCUAGUCUGGCAAGACCUCAUCUUCCAUUGCCUGGAAGCAUCUCAACAAGCUGGCCACCUCCUGAAUGCUGACAACAACGAUGGAAAUCCUGUUGGCUUUGCUGUGGCUCAAUUCAGUGUCGGUGACGGUGUACGAGUGACCAGUGCCAAUGCCUUCCUUGGUCUAUCCCAACGACGAGCCUUGACGAAUCUGACCAUAGUCCCGGACACACUAUGCUCGCGAGUCUUGUUCGGCGACAACAAGGCUUCAGGUGUUGAGCUCAUACCGUCGAAGCUCUCGGCAUCACUGGGAGGUUCUGUUCGGGUCGCGGUCAGUCAGGAGGUCAUUUUGACCGCAGGGACUUUUCAGUCGGCUCAGCUCCUUCUGCUGUCGGGCAUAGGUCCCAAAUCCGACCUGAAGGCGCUUUCAAUACCCGUCGUUGCUGAUAUUCCAGGAGUUGGUAAGAGGAUCCGCGAUCACAGCGCCUUCGCAUGCGAGUACGUCGUGUCGCCAGAUAUUGCAGGCCACAACCAGCUGCUGAACUCGCCGGAAUUGUUGGAAGCGGCCCAACAGGAGUACGCGCUCAGCAAGUCGGGGCCAAUGUCUGUGUUUGGUGCGAGUGCAGCAUUGAUCUUUCCUCGUCUCAAGGCCGUGUUGUCGUCGCCCGAGUUUGCUCAACUGGACGAGAGCACACAGGCUUUUCUGGAGAAGCCCACCAGACCAAGCACCGAGAUCUGGAUGCAUUCUGGGCCGCUCUUUUACACUGGACCCUGCCCGACUGACGCGAGUAUUCUGGUCAUCGAAGGUCUCAACCAGAAUUGCCUCAGCGAAGGCAGCCUAAAGCUCCGAAGCCGUGACCCUUAUGACCUGCCAUUGGUUGAUCCACGAUACUUGACGCAUCCACUCGACAGACGCGUUGCGGUCGAAACACUUCGCGAGAUACUGCGUCUCAGCCGUACGGAUGCUUUGUCCAAGAUCAUCCAGACGCCUCUCCUGGCACCAGAAGGAGAUUCUGAGAGGCAUCUUGAAGAUUUCAUUCGUGAGACUUUGACCCAAGGAUUCCACAGUAUGGGAACAUGUGUAAUGGGUCGCAGUGAAGGCCCUCGACGUGUGGUUAACAAUGAAUUCGAAGUCGUGGGCGUCACGGGUCUGCGGGUAGCGGACAUGAGUGUCUGUCCAAUCUUGACUUGCAACCACACUCAAGUCAAUGCAUAUCUGAUCGGCUUGAGAUGUGCUGAAGCAGUAGUAAAGAAGGCUCAAGGGAUACAGUCACGGGCAAAGCUGUGA